UUCAUAACCUUAUCAUCUACAAAGUAAACUGAUAAUUCUUCUAAGAUUCUUUUAAAUUAAUUAUCCAACAAUAGAAACAAACAUUUUUCUUCUGAUUUCUUGUCUAAUGUCUGAAUGUUCUUUGAAAUGAAGUCCACGUGAUAUGAGCAUGUGAAGGAACACCGAACUAAUGUGUGAUGCAAAACAUUAUGGCUUGUGGGCGUGAAGCUAUUUUGAAUCUUUAUCGAAAUUUACUACGUGAAAGCAAGAAGUGGAAGUCAUACAACUAUAGAGAAUAUGCUCUGAGAAAAAUAAGACAUGAGUUUCGAAGCAACCAGACUCUGAAAGAUGAAAAAUCAAUUGAAGAAUGUUAUCAAAAAGGACUUGAAUCGUUAGAAGUUAUCAAAAAGCAAGUGAUAAUUGGAAAUUUAUAUAGUACAAGACCUUUAAUUAUUGAAACUGAGGGCAUCGAUAAAAAGAAAGCUCACACUGGUGUUCAAUAGUUGUGAUGGAAUUAUUUUAUAUUUAUGUUUAAUUUAUUUAAUUUCUAUUAUCGAUAAAAGAAUUUGUUUAUAAAUAAAUUAUACAAUUGUUUUUUUAAUGUACGAAUGAAGAAUUU